GUGAAGCCGAGUCUAUCUCUAGGAAGACUCUCAGGAGCUCAGCCGAGAAGUUUGAGUUCCAAGCUGAGGUUUCCAGACUCAUGGACAUCAUCAUCAACUCACUCUACAACAACAAGGAUAUCUUCCCGAGGGAGCUCAUAUCUAAUGCCUCUGAUGCGUUGGAUAAGAUUAGGUUCCUUUCCCUUACUGAUAAGGAAGUUUUGGGUGAAAGGGACACUGCAAAGCUUGAGAUUCAGAUUAAGUUGGACAAAGAGAAGAAAAUCCUCUCCAUUUGGGAUAGGGGUAUUGGUAUGACCAAGGAAGAUCUUAUUAAGAACCUUGGAACGAUUGCUAAAUCUGGCACUUCAGGAACAGGAGCUGCUCGAGUCUCUUGUCGAAGCUGAUACGGCAGGAAAGAGCUAAAAAGAUGGAAGAAAA